CUCGAAAUGCGCUGCGUCUCGUUGAUACCAUUUCCUUAUCCUCAACAAUCCAAAAACCCACGACAAGCCACACACCCACCGCCAACUUCGAUUAUAUCACCAUUGAGUGAGCUGAUCCGGACCUUCAGCUUCAUUCUCACCAUAGUUUCGUCUUGAGAUUGGUCGAAACGCGCCCUCUCUCCUAUCCGCGGUCCUUCAUCCUCUCCUCCUUUUGGCCUUGCGCAGGCCAUUCCGUUCGUUCCUCCUAUUAUACUUCUCAAUCUGGCCACGACUUUGACGACGUCCUCCUAGCGAGGCGGUUCUGUCUUUGCCCUUGGUUAUUUCAGCACUCCAAUUCCCCUUCGCCUUGUUCAUAUCCCGUCAGCGAUGCUUCUACCCAAAGGCGGCGUGACCUGGAAGUCCGCCAAAGCCAAAUUACCGCCAUGGAAAGCAAUAUUAAUGUUCUUAACACGCACACGAUUUCUGGUCGCCGUCGCUCUGACGGGGCUAAUUGUCUUAUUAUGGAGGGGAAUAACUGUAUCAACACGAGAAAUGUCAAAUUUUUACUGCUUCGGCCCCUCGAAGCCUCCGACACAAAUGUCGAAUAAUGAAAUGGUUGCGUGGAACCAGCACCUGCAAACGCCUGUGCUGUUCAACCAUCACGAGCCUUACGAGGUCAAUUCCAGCACCAUCCAGCGGAUUGAUCUGAAUCCCAUCCAAUCUACCUCUCGAGCCGUGAGCAAUCGCGAACGAGUUCUUCUUCUCACACCUCUACGUGACGCCGCGCCCUACCUGAUGAAGUACUUCGACUUGAUCUACGAGCUGACGUACCCGCACGACCUCAUCGACCUCGCGUUUCUCGUCGGCGAUUCCACGGACGAUACGCUUGCCGUGCUUUCAUCUGAAGUGAAUAGAAUACAACAACGUACCGACAAGAUCCCCUUCCGCAGCGUGACAAUUGUCGAAAAGGAUUUCGGAGAAACCGGUGGUAUGGAUGUGGAAUCAAGGCAUGGCUUUGCAGCACAAGGGCCCAGACGCAAAGCCAUGGGAAGAGCGAGGAAUUAUCUGCUUUAUGCAGCCCUCAAGCCCGAGCACUCCUGGGUGUACUGGCGGGAUGUAGACAUCGUGGACAGCCCGAAAAAGAUCAUCGAGGACUUUGUUGCUCACGAUAGGGAUAUUCUGGUGCCGAAUAUCUGGUUCCACCGCUAUGAAAACAAUCGCGAUAUCGAAGGCCGAUUUGAUUACAAUUCAUGGGUUGAGUCCGACAAGGGCCGUCGACUUUCGAACAGCCUGGACAAAAACGUAGUUCUCGCCGAGGGAUACAAGGAAUAUGACACCGGCCGUACAUACAUGGCCAGAAUGGGAGAUUGGAGAAACAACAAAGACGAAGAGAUCGAAUUAGACGGUAUCGGUGGUGUAAAUAUUUUGGUCAAAGCCGAUGUGCACCGAUCUGGCAUCAACUUCCCAUGCUACGCUUUCGAAAAUCAAGCCGAGACAGAAGGGUUUGCGAAAAUGGCAAAGAGAGCCGGAUACAAGGUUUACGGUCUUCCAAAUUAUGUUGUCUGGCAUAUCGACACGCAAGAGAAACCAGGCAAUGCAGCAUAGAACAGGACAUACAUUUAUGGUAUUGACCCGAACAAACGAAACGAAAACCCGGCCGAGAGCGGGAAGGUCUUUGGGGGGGAAGAGAGUCGGUGUCACUGUCCAUAUCACUCGACCUCUUUUUUUCUGGAAGCUUUUGCUCUCACGGCGGCUUUUGGGGGAUGGGUUCCGGUGUCUAUUGGAAUGUUCAAGAAGAAGGGCAACCCCACAAAACUUUCAAGACGGCGUUGUUUAAUCACAAGCCUUUUGUGUCUUCCGUGUGUGUGUGUCUGUAUGCCUUGCCCGGUCUUGCUUUUGCUACCUACGUAACGACGACACGGGCUUGACCGUGUGCGUAUGUCUACGGUAUCAAGUCUGGUUCUCUGGGCCAGGCAGAGAGCAUCGAGGGUUGGGCAUGUAGUCAUCAUACACGCGGAGUAUCAACCUACCAACUAAUAUCAACGUAUUGUACGACUUUUGAAAUUUCUUGUGUCGAUCCUCGCUGUCCUCUUGCUCUCUGCUCUCUGCCUCCG